AGAUUAGAUACUCCGUGAUCGAUUUUUCACGUCUGCACCGUUUUACGUCAUCUCCCCGCGUCUCCUGACCCCCCACAUGUAAACAUUUCAUGUUUCCUGAGAAGAUUUAACUCAAAUGGCACCGACAGAUCAGAAAAUGAAGACUAAGAAGUUUGCAGCGAAAGAUGGCAACUGGCAGAAAUCAAAAAAUAACGCACAGGGUGUCAAGAAGAAGAGGAAAUGGAUCCCGGAGCACAAAGUAUUCGAAGGCAGUGUCAGAGAAGGCCAAGGGUUUGCUUUCAAGAGGAAGGAGAAAGUCAGACAUGAAUACAACAAGCUGCUGCGAAAGGAAAAGAGGAAGAACCCUGAGUCCAAACCACUGUACAAGGAGGAUUAUCCAGAACACCUCAGGCAUCUAUACUUGGCUGAGGCAGAGAAACUGCAACAGGAGGCCUGGACGAACAGAGUGAGAAGGAGUAAGCUGAGGAUGAAAGGGCAGGAGAAGGGAGAAGAGACAGCUGAAAACGAUGUUGCUGCGCAACAGACUGAAGCUGCUGAUCCAGAUCCAGAUCCAGAAAUUACUGGUGGAUCUGAGCUGACAGAUUCUGUGACUGGGAACCCUGAGCCGACCGCAGCCUCAGAGAAAGAAAGUCUUCCAAUAAGCAACCGCAUGAAGAAAAAAAUGCAGAAGAAGACGUCGUACCAGAGGACAAAAGAGGAAUUUGAGAGAAUCAAAGAAAAAAGGAGACAAAAGAAAGAGGAUUACCUGAAUAACAAGCAGCAGAGAGAAGAAGCCAUUCAGAGGUACAAACAGAAAAAGAUGGAGGCGUUCCAGAUGCUGAGCAAAAAGACCAAGAAAGGGCAGCCGAAUCUGAACCUCCAGAUGGAGUAUUUGCUUCAGAAGAUCCAAGGAACUGAGAAGUGACUCCUGAGUCACAGAGGAUUCUGGGGAUUUCAUGAACAAAAGAGUGGACCUUGCCUGUACUUGACUAUGUUAUUAAAUACCCUGAUGAGGUGCAUAAGGAUUGUGCUUUCACUCAGUCUUUUCAGUCGUCCUUUAUAUGUAGAGCGGUAAUCUGAGACUGAUUUGCCUCCACACUUGGAAUGAAGGCUUGUGGUUGUUUCAUUUGAUCAGUGCUUUCACUGUUAUGUUGUGAUUUUUUGCAGUAUUUUGUUCCAGAAAACCCAAUGCUGUGGCCCAACUUAACCUCAGACCACAAGAUGGCAUUGUAACAUAUGAAGAGAUGGGAUAACAUUUAUUAAUCAAGAAAUGUUUGAGUUUCCUGUAAAUAAAUUUGAAAUGCGCAGUGAAUACCAGUUUAAGUAAAUUGC